CCUGCAGGCCGGCGUCGCCGUCACGACCUCGCCGAGAGCCGGGUGUUCAGCUCGGUGCACUCCGAACGCGGGCUCCGGUGGGUUCGACUGAGGGCGGGCGCCCGGCUGAGGGAAGCGGCGCUGCUGUCAGAAGGCCUCCCGUGCCCUCACAACGAGUGUGUUUGCUCUGCCGUGGGUCCCGCGUCACGGUCGGGGCAGGAGCCGCUUCCGACGCCCUUGCGAAGGGCUUCGCUGAGGCCCAGCCUCCCUGAGGCUUCCGCCACCCCCGCCGCGGCCAAGCUUUCUCUCUGGGCGAAAGAGGCCUGCUCGCGGAAGGGAGCUCGGCUUCAGGCUUGCUUCGCGGAGGUAAGGCUGUGGUGCUCACUCGAGGGUUCCGGGCUAAGCGUCGAGAAGGCCUCCUUCUCCGUGGAGCGACGUGUGUGUGGACGUGGACGGGGAUGGCAUUCCACCCUGCCUUGUUUCGCACAGGGAGGUCGGGGGCCUGGACCUCAGCGGGUCCAACCCCCGGCGAGUCAGCCAACGGCUUCCCCGUGUAGGACGGAGGAGCUGUCUCCUUGGGUUGCCAGGCCCGGGCGUGUGUCGACCUUGACACCGCGCAGCCCGCUGUCGCCCCGGAGGUGCUGGCGGCACCCGCGGGUCCCUGGAGUGGAGGCCCAAGGCGGCAGCGUGUGCACGUCUUCCUCCGCGUCUGAGAGAAGGCGUUGUGCAUUCGGGGAAUGGCGAGGUGAAAGGGCCCCCUCCGGGAAGCGCGAUCCAAGAGCUGAGGGUUGGGUGCCUUGCUCCGUGCUUCUAGGUGCCAGAGCCGCUUCUCUCUUCCCGGGACAGAGUGGGGCUUGCUGGGCCAAUGCGUCGUCCUGA